AUCAGCAUUCAGCAUCGACCAUCAGCUGUCUAGUCUAGGUGCACGUGCAUUACAAUUACAUAUCGACCACACCAUGGCCGCGGCGGUCACUCGCAGAGUCAACGCCCUCCGAGUCGAGGUGCCGGAUGGCAACGCUGACACCGCAAACGCGCCCGCGGCCAAGCGGAUUCUCGACGCCAAGGACGACGUGUGGGUGUCCGCGGACGAUGGAACCAGUGCCGGCAACGGCAACCAGCCGCUGCUGUUCCGUACCAUGAAGGUUAAGGGAAGCAUCCUGCAUCCUUACAGGUUCUUGAUUCUCGUGCGCUUGGUCGCCGUUGCCGCCUUCUUCGCAUGGCGCCUGGAGCACAGGAACCACGAUGGCACGUGGCUGUGGGCCACGUCAAUGGUAGCGGACGCCUGGUUCGGCUUCUCAUGGCUCCUCAACCAGCUCACCAAGCUCAACCCCAUCAAGCGUGUCCCCGACCUCGCCACCCUCGCGGACCAGCACGGCGAGGCCAUCCUCCCGGGGAUCGACGUCUUCGUCACCACUGCCGACCCUGUGGACGAACCCGUCCUUUACACCGUUAACACCGUCCUCUCUAUCCUCGCCGCCGACUACCCCAUCGACAAGUACGCCUGCUACCUCUCAGAUGACGGUGGCACGCUGGUGCACUACGAGGCGAUGACCCAAGUGGCCAGUUUCGCUGCGUUGUGGGCCCCGUUCUGCCGGAAGCAUUGCGUCGAGCCAAGGUCCCCAGAGAACUACUUUGGGAUGAAAGCACAGCCGUAUGCCGGGAGUAUGCCGGGAGACUUCACGAGGGAUCGUAGGCGUGUGCGCAGAGAAUACGACGAGUUCAUGGUGAGAAUAGAUUCCCUUUCUACAACCAUCCGCCAACGGUCCGAUGCAUACAACAAUGGAGAUGGUGUACAUGCCACUCGGAUGGCCGAUGGGGCACCAUGGCCGGGUACAUGGAUUGAGCAAGCUGAGAACCAUCGAAGAGCACAACAUGCUGGGAUUGUUCAGGUCAUACUAGAACAUCCAGGUUGUAAACCGCAGCUUGGAUCAUCGGCGAGCACCGACAAUCCCUUUGACUUCAACAACGUUGAUAUGAGACUCCCGAUGCUUGUCUACAUAUCCCGGGAGAAGCGGCUUGGUUAUGACAACCAAAAGAAGGCAGGCGCCAUGAACGCCAUGCUCCGUAUCUCGGCGUUGCUCUCCAACGCGCCCUUCAUAAUUAACUUUGACUGCGACCACUACAUCAACAAUUCGAAAGCUCUUCGUGCCCCUAUGUGCUUCAUGCUCGACCCUCGUGACGGUCAGAACACGGCCUUCGUCCAAUUCCCACAACGCUUUGACGACGUCGACCCGACAGAUCGCUACGCCAACCACAACCGUGUCUUCUUCGACGGCACCAUGCUCGCGCUCAACGGUCUCCAAGGGCCUUCCUACCUUGGCACUGGCACGAUGUUCCGCCGUGUCACACUCUACGGCAUGGAGCCGCCACGUUAUCGGGUGGAGAACAUUAAGCUUGUAGAUAAUGCACAUGAGUUCGGUAACUCGACAUCGUUCACGAACUCGAUGCCGGAUGGCGCGAUCCAAGAGCGAUCUAUCACCCCAGUGUUGGUCGACGAGGGGCUCAUCAAUGACUUGGCCACCCUGAUCACAUGCGCUUACGAGGACGGGAGUUCAUGGGGGAGAGACAUCGGGUGGGUGUACAACAUUGCGACGGAGGACGUGGUGACUGGAUUCCGCAUUCACCGCCAAGGGUGGCGUUCCAUGUAUUGCUCCAUGGAGCCGGCCGCGUUCCGUGGGACGGCUCCGAUCAACCUCACCGAGCGCCUCUACCAGGUGCUCCGGUGGUCCGGCGGCUCCCUUGAGGUGUUCUUCUCCCACAACAAUGCCCUCAUAGCUGGCCGCCGGCUCCACCCUCUACAACGCAUUGCCUACUUCAACAUGUCGACGUACCCGAUCGUCACGGUGUUCAUCCUGGCCUACAACUUCUUCCCGGUCAUGUGGCUCUUCUCCGAGCAGUUGUACAUCCAGAGGCCGUUUGGCACGUACAUCGCGUACCUCGUCGCCGUCAUAGCGAUGAUGCACGUGAUCGGCAUGUUCGAGGUUAAAUGGGCGGGGAUCACGCUGCUCGACUGGUGCCGCAACGAGCAGUUCUACUUGAUCGCAGCGACCGGCGUGUACCCGACAGCCGUGCUGUACAUGGCGUUGAAGCUCGUGACGGGUAAGGGGAUGCACUUCAGGCUCACAUCCAAGCAGACGGAGGCCUGCUCCCGCGACAAGUUCGCCAACCUGUACACGGUGCGAUGGGUGCCGCUGCUGAUCCCGACCACCGCGGUGCUCGUUGUGAACGUCGCGGCCGUCGGGGCGGCCAUCGGCAAGGCGGCGGCAUGGGGAUUUUCUACGGACCAGGCGCGGCACGUGCUGCUCGGGAUGGUGUUCAACGUGGGGACCCUCAUGCUCCUCUACCCGUUUGCACUCGGCAUCAUGGGGAAACGGGGGAAGACACCCGUCAUCCUAUUCGUCCUGCUGCUCAUGGCCAUUGCCGCCGUCGGGCUCUUGUAUGUCACGCUCUACGCCCCGUACCCGCAAGAAUCUCUGACGUUUCUCUCUUGGUAA